AUGCCCGCUUCUGCAGGGGGCGUCGCAGGUCGAGUGCCCUCCUGGCCUGGCGGGGCGGGAGGCGGGGCCGUGCGCCGGGACAGCGCUGGGACUCGAGCGCCCGGCCGGGGUCGAGGAAGUGGGCAGGGGCGGGACGAAUCGCGCCGCUCCGCUGGCCAUCUCCGGGGAAAGCGGCAGGGUUUCUCCCCCGGGCCGUGCUGCGCGACGGGGCAGACGCUGACCCCACUCUGCGCCGGAGCCGAGGCUCUCCGCCGCAGCCCAGCCCGUGAGCGGGCUGUCUCGGGCGCUGGCACCGGAACCUCUGAAGAAUAUGAUGUGCUAAUUGUGUAUGCAAGUGAUGCCACUGAAUGGUGUCAGUACCUCCAGAACCUCUUCCUCUUUACCCGGCACGUUCGAAAGCAUCGGAUUCUGAGCUACCAGCUGGAAGGCAAAUCUGCCAUCUCCCACCAGGAACUGGACCUGUUCAGCAGAAGUCGGAGCAUCAUACUUUUGCUAUCUGCUGAAUUGGUGCAGAGCUUUUAUCUUCCUCCUGUCCUUCAGAGCCUUCAGGAAGCUUUAUGGCCCCCAUACAAAGUCGUCAAGCUGUUCUGCGGUGUUACGGACUGUGAGGACUAUUUGACCUUCUUCAAGGACUGGUCUCAGUGGCAAGAACUCACAAAUGAUGAUGAGCCUGAUGCUUAUCUUGCGGCUGUCAAGAAAGCUAUUUCAGAAGGUAAGGUUACAGCUGUGGAGUUGCUCUUUCUGGUUGGAGUUGGAGGAGGGAGAUAUGUUGUGUCGUUUAUUUUUGUUUUAACACUGAUAAUGUGUUUUGUUGAAAUAGAAAACUAAAGCAAAUUGCAAAAACCCUGUAAAU